GUGCCACUGCGUGAGCUGCCGCUGGAUGAUGAUUCGAAGUUCCUUGCGAUGGAGGAGGAGCGCAAGCAGCUGAUGGACGAGGACCCGCGCAAGAAUGCCCAGAAGAUACGCAGUUUGGAGAAAGAAAUGAACGACCGCGCCCACGAGUUGGCACGCGAGAAGAAGCUGGCUGACCGUGCGUUCCUUGACCAGAACCCUGAAGGUGUGCCACUGCGUGAGCUGCCGCUGGAUGAUGAUUCGGAGUUUGUUGCGAUGGAGCAG